UCAUUCAAUUAAGUUCUAGAUAUUUCUAAAUUCAUUCUCCCAAAAGGUAAUAAUAAAUGGUAAUUGUAAUUGGUGAUUUCAGUAAAACGUUUGAAAAAAACUUGUGUUAAAAAAUCAUUAUCUUUCUUUUGGUGCAAAGUGGUUAAUAAGAAUGAAGUUCCUGUUCGUGGCUUUCGUAAUUGUGGCGGCCAUUUUUGCGGCCAAAGGAGAACAUUUAGUAAUUGGAAAUGUGGCCAAUAGAGUAAAAUUGGCUAAGCACGAGUUGGUUGAAUAUAAUGCGAUACCAUUUAUGAAGAGGGUUAAGCAGUUUUUCUACGCCGCACCGGAUAAUAAGAAAAUACAGGGUAUCCAAGCAAUAGACACUUUACACUCGAGGGCCUCGAUGAACAUAACAGCCGGGGGGAUCGGACACUCCUUUGUGAACCUCCGAAUGAAGAGUGAGAGAGGGCGCAGCCUCGCAUAUGAUAUUGGCAUUUACGUCAAUCCUGAUUUUCAAUAAAUAAAGACAUAACUCCAACGGAUAAUGGAAAAGAUAGCACUGAUGGCUAGUUUACACCUAUUAUUUUACGAAAUAAUUAAAUCAAUUUUAUUAAUUUAACUACCAGAUAACUCACGUACCUAUUUGAGUCGACUUUUUGUUUUUGUGAGACAUGUUUGGAACUAGUUCGUGGUCAUCAAGUAUAUAACCAGAAAUAGAGACGAAUGUCAUUUAAUUUGUUUCAAAACUAUUCUGCCAUAUCAUUACGAUGACAACUGCGCUUCGAUUGACCA